GAAAGGAAGAAAUAAAAUUAGUGUCAGUGUCAGUCUGCCAGUGUUAACGAAGUGUCAGAAGCCCAUUUGAAAAUUUUACUUUUCAUUUUUUAAGUUUAAUUUUCAAUUAGUGCGUGUCCAGCUUGUACCUCUAAAUUGCUGAAACUCAAUCCUUAUUUAUUCCUGAUCGCCGCUAUCAUCUAUCUCUCUCCUUUGCCGACUUUCCGUAUCAUAACAUUGACCCAUUGACUUAUCACAAAAGAUAAAAAUGGCGUACGCUUCAAUCGAAAAACUGAAAGAAUCAUUGAACAAGGUGUCUCAUUUCAAUAACGGCAUAAACAUGGCCAACAUCAUAUCUCAUGACGAUGAGCUACAGCGAUACGAAACUCUUUACGACAACACUGAUAAUGCUAAUGAUUAUCUAAGAUUAUUAGGACUUGAGCCGGUUGAAGACAUUGUCCGUCCCACUUACAAAUACCAUGAGAAUGGACGACCUCGUGCUCCACGGGGACGGGGAAGAUAUUUGGAGGAGGCCACUGAAGAGGCUGGAUAUUAUAAUAAGCAGAAGAGGAGGGACGAAAAUUUGAAGCGACAAAUGUCUGAGGCGGGAAUCGAUUCCUUCGCAAACAGCGAUCUGAAACAGUAUUUUUUAGACACUUAUAAGGAGAAGGAUGGUGAAAAUGAGGACUAUUACUUCCAAGACACGGAAUCAUCUACUAUUUCAUCCGAGGACGAACCUUUAGCUUGGGUGAAACCCUCUAAUUCCAAUGACAAUUUCAGCGGAGGUACAAAUAAUUGGGGAACUGGGUCGAGAUAUAAUAGCGACGUCGAUAGCAGAGAAAUAAAUGAUGGACUUUCUUCGAAGAGUUCUAAUAGUAGUUCAGUUGAGAAUGAAGGGGGAGUUAGAAGACGUGUCAAAACCGAAGUUUACGUUCCCCCUCAUGCUAGGCGACUGGAAGGUUCACUGAAAACCGGAGUUUACAAACCUCCAAAUCCUAGGAAAACUGAAAACAAAAGUUCACUUCAUGAACCCAGAGUUUACAUACCUCCACACGCGAGGGAAACUGAAAACGAAGGUGAACCCGUAGCGGAGGCCUCUGUUGUAAACAAUGAAUACGCGGAACUGAUCAAGAAAGCGGAAGAAAAACGGAAAUUGUCGCAGAAAUCUUUCGCGAUGCCGGUCACGCGGAAGAAAUCUGCGUCGGAAUUGUUGGCCGAUCCCGGCUGGGACGACAAGCCGAAAGUGGAGAAGCCUGUCCCGCGGUGCAGGAAUGCCGUCGUUUUGCAGUUUUUGAAGAAUUUGGCCCCGGAACGUAAGGCGGUCAUGAUUCCGGCGGGAGCGGAGCAGGAGAAUUGGGGUGACAUGGGAAUAGCGUCUGGCAGCAGUAGCCCGUCCAGGGAGCCUACACCAGUUAGUUUCCUCUGUGACAAGACACCGGUAGCUCGCCGCCUCAUUGAGAGCUUCAUUCCCGAUGAAUCAACUUAUAGCUUCGUUCCCAAGGAACCGAAGCCGAGAAACUACUUCUCACUGGGAGAUUUUAUCGUGGACAAGCCUCCCAAGAAGAAAUCGCCAAAAUAACGACAACCUACAUUCAUACUUAAUUAAGGUAUUAUUAUGGAGCUCCCUAACAAUGUGAUAUUUAUGAUAUUCGAAUGGUAUUUUUGUGAGGAAUGUUUGUAAAUUGAUGUAUUUCAACAGAAUGUAACAUACGGCUGUAUGUUUUUUUCCUGUUAUUCAACAUUUGAAUAGUGUACCUAGGUGUUGAUUCUAGUUGUUAUAUUGUAUUUCAGGUAAAUACAACAUUCAGCUGCAUAUUUUUGUAAGAAUUUCAACGGAAUUCAUUAUACCAAUUUUAUUUAUUAUUAGAAUAUCUUUAAUAUGUUAAGGUCUAUUAGUUGAGGAUAUUAUUCUAAGGCUAGUCAUUCAUGCCACGGUAAGGUUUUCUCUGGUUGAUUGAAGAAUAACUCAUCUUUUAAAUAAAAUUGAAAUAGCCUAUAUACUGAAUUGCAAUCAAAAAGUGUUUUCAUUGAUUAGAGACAUUCGAUAAACUAAAAACUAAACUACUAAACUAUCAGAAUAAAAAAUCGCAGUUGACCUUACACACUUAUAAAGAAUUGUCUUUAAUAAUAAUACUCAAUAACUAAUUAGAGACAUUCGAUAAACUAAAAUAUCAGAAUCAAAAAUUGCAGUUGAGCUUACAAACUUAUAAAGAAUUGUCUUUAAUAAUAAUACUCAAUAACUAAUUUAGGUUUACGCACAAGCCUAGAGCUCAUGUGGGGUUGCAAAAAAAAAUAAUACAAAAAUUAUCGCCAUUUUGUAUUUUGUGUGUGAAAUACUCAUACUAUCCAAAUUGAGGUAUUUUGGUUUUAGGAUUUUCUUCUAAUGCCAGUAAUUUACGUCACGGUUUACUAGAGAGUUAAUCUGUACAGGCUAUCUGGGCACUAAAGAGGAACGUUAGGCUAUACGUUGUUUUACGUUUAUAUACGUACAAAAACGUACGUUUUUGUAUGUUUUUUACGUUAUUUCGUUUUUGUUAGGCUAUACGUGGAAGGAUGGCCUGCCUUUUAAUUGAAAUAAAACUGAACCAAAUUGCGAUCACUUAAGUGGACUUAAUUUAGCGAUUUUUUUGGAUUGAUUAUGAAAUGCGAUGUAAGACUAACGAUUGUUGAUUGAAAUUAUGUUGAACUGUAAUCAAUCAUGUUUUCGUCCAUUAGAGACAUUUAUUGAACAACAAUAAUAUGUUUUUUUGUUCAAAACGCUGAAAGUCAGAUUUCUGCAAUAUUUUAUUUAAUUUGUCUAUCCAUAGAUAAUAGAUACAAUUCAGGUAGAACAACAGUAGCCCAAAAAAUACCCCAUAAUUUAAAAAAUCGCAAAAAAUGUGAACAAAAAUAACAAAUUUCAAAAAAUAAUAAAAUUGGUUGAACAUUGGUAGUCGAAUUAAGGAACUGUUAAAUUACGUUAUUUGUAUGUUUUCUGUUGUCAUCAUGUUUGAUAAUUAUUUAGGACUAUGUUAUUUUUCAUACAUAAUUCAUGAUUGCUUGUUCUUAUUUUCAUCCACAAUUCAUUAUUGUUUGUUCUCUAUUAUGUGAAUAAUUACACUCUCCACAAGUAAUAAAUAGUAUAAAGCAAGUAAAAUACAGUCUAAAUCAAGGUGUAUGUUAUCUCUUACAGUUUCAUUUAUAAUUUAUUAUCAUUUGGUUCUCCAUUAUGUAAAUAAUUACUCUUCAUAAAUCAUAAAUUGUAUAAAACAUGUAAAAUACAGUCUUGAGCAAGGUGGAUAGAAUCCCUCACAGUUGAGAACAAAUUAUUUAACUAACUACAGACUAAAAUAGUCAUCAGGUCAGUUCAGUGGCCCUGAAAUUAAUCAGUAGCGACCUGAAAACUCUCACACCAUAGCUGAGCCAGCCAGGCUAUAAUUAUUAUCAUUACAGACAGAAAUAUGUUGAGAAAAUUAUUUGACAAGUUAAAGCAAACUUAUUUAUAUACUUAUUUAUUAUUGAUUUAUUUAGCGCCAUCCUACUAAGCUGAUUUAUAGAAAUUGAAAAUUGUUAUUGAAAAAAGAAAAAGAAAAUACAAUAUUACAUAAAUAGGCUAAAUGUAUGUCAAAUUCUAAUGCAGUACAAUGUUUUAUCAACACAUGAAAUUCUUUUUGUACAGCAAAAUUUUUUCUUACAAAUAAACCUGAAAAUGGAAAAUUAUGUUUGGAAAAUCUUACUCUCAAUGUGUUAGUGUUUUAAAUUCCGCUGAUUUUCCCUAAGUCCUCUUGAGAGUUAAAUUUCUUACAAAUUGGAAUAGUAUUUGUAUUUAAUUUGAAACGGAAAUUUUGUAGUGAAUUGUAAUCGCCUCCCUAAAUAUUUUGGGAUACCUGAGUAUAACUGAAAUUAAAUUUUGUAGUGUAUUGAGAUUUGUAAAUUUUUGAAAAUACUUGCGAAUAUCAACUUACUCAUAUUUAAGGAUGUAGGCUAUUUGUGAUGAAAUGAGAGUUUUAAAAAUAUCAAAACAUAUCACAUUGUUGGGAACUACUCCAAUAUUGAACACUGUCAAAUAUUAUUGAUGACUUAUUACUACUUAUUGUCGUAGCUGUAUGAUACCUUAGUUUUCUAUAAUGAAGAAAACAGCAUUUUCUUUCACAAAAAAUGGUUGUUCGAUGCAAACAAACCCCGAAUUUGAGUUUCGGUGGUAGAG